UCGAAGGCUGUGCUCCGCUCACCAUCCAGAGCGGAGAUUCGGACCUUACACUAACUCCCGGAGAAAGACCAGCAAGUGCGCAGAGAGAAGACUGGCGGUGGAGCAUGCAUCUGGAGGGCAGAGACGGCAGGCGGGACCCUGGCACACCGGAGGUGGAGCUCCAGCAGACGUCCGUGCCCCCGGGACUCACUGAACUUGCCGCGGGCAAGCGCAGGCCUCCGCGGGGAGCCGGCGGGGCUGACCCCUCGCUCUCCUGCCCCAGCGGGGCCGCUGGGCAGAGCUCCCGGGCUCCUGCAGGCCAGGAGUUUGCUUCAUUCCUCGCACAGGGGAGGUCUCACUCUCCUUUGCCCCAGAUGUCCAGCUCCAGGUCUAAAGAUUCCUGCUUUACAGAAAACACUCCUUUGCUGAGGAAUUCCUUACAAGAGAAAGGGUCACGGUGCAUACCUGUUUACCAUCCAGAGUUCAUCACUGCCGAAGAGUCUUGGGAAGACGGCUCUGCUGAUUGGGAGCGAAGGUACCUGCUGAGCAGGGAGGUGUCUGGUCUGUCUGCGUCUGCCUCCUCCGAGAAGGGGGACCUUCUAGACAGCCCGCACGUCCGGCUCCGUCUUUCCAAGCUGAGGCGCUGUGUGCAGUGGCUGAAAGUCACGGGCCUGUUUGUCUUUGUGGUGCUGUGCUCUAUUUUGUUCAGCCUGUAUCCGGAUCAAGGAAAGCUCUGGCAGCUGUUGGCCUUGUCACCGCUGGAGAACUACUCCGUGAACCUCAGCAGCCACGGGGACUCCACGCUGCUGCAGGUGGACCUGGCCGGGGCCCUAGUGGCCGGCGGGCCCAGUCGUUCUGGGAGGGAAGAGCGCCUCCUGGUGGAGCUGACCCAGGCCGACACUUCCGGCUCCAGGUGGCGGCGGCCACAGCAGGUCACUCACAACUGGACGGUGUAUUUAAAUCCGAGGAGAAGCGAGCGCUCGGUGAUGAGCAGGACCUUUGAGGUACUGGGCAGAGAGACGGUGUCCAUCAGCAUCCGGGCCUCCCUCCAGCAGACCCAGGCUGUCCCUCUUUUGAUGGCUUAUCAGUACCUCCGCGCGAGUGUAGAAGCCCAAGUGACCAUCGCCACGGCCAUCCUCGCGGGCGUCUACGCGUUGAUCAUAUUCGAGAUCGUGCACAGAACGCUGGCGGCCAUGCUGGGUUCCCUGGCGGCACUGGCAGCACUGGCUGUGAUUGGCGACAGACCCAGCCUGACCCAUGUGGUGGAGUGGAUUGAUUUUGAGACGCUGGCCCUGCUGUUUGGCAUGAUGAUCUUAGUAGCCAUAUUUUCAGAAACGGGAUUUUUCGAUUACUGUGCUGUAAAGGUAGGUAUGAUGUCAAGGAAAAGGGUAUCAGGUUGAAUUCUAGUGCUGUGCUUGAUGGCUUUGGUCCUUCUACCUUUCACAAUGUGCACAGUGGGACUACUUUCAUUUUCCUCCAUUUGUGACAGGUUGUGUGAGGUGCUCAACCUCGAUCCCAGACAAGUCUUGAUUGCAGAAGUGAUCUUCACAAACAUUGGAGGAGCUGCCACUGCCAUCGGGGACCCUCCAAAUGUCAUUAUUGUUUCCAACCAAGAGCUGAGGAAGAUGGGCCUGGACUUUGCCGGAUUCACUGCACACAUGUUCCUUGGGAUUUGCCUUGUUCUCUUGAUCUCCUUUCCACUCCUCAGACUGCUUUACUGGAACAGAAAGCUUUAUAACAAGGAGCCCAGUGAGAUUGUUGAACUGAAGCACGAGAUUCACGUCUGGCGCCUGACCGCUCAGCGCAUCAGCCCGGCCAGCCGCGAGGAGACUGCCGUGCGCCGCCUGCUGCUGGGGAAGGUGCUGUCCCUGGAGCACCUGCUCGCCCGGAGGCUGCACACCUUCCACAGACAGAUCUCACAGGAGGACAAAAACUGGGAGACCAAUAUCCAGGAACUCCAGAAAAAGCAUAGGAUAUCUGACGGGAUCCUGCUCGCCAAAUGCCUGACCGUGUUGGGAUUUGUUAUCUUCAUGUUUUUCCUCAAUUCGUUUGUCCCUGGCAUUCAUCUUGAUCUUGGAUGGAUUGCUAUCCUGGGUGCCAUCUGGUUGCUAAUUUUAGCUGAUAUUCAUGAUUUUGAGAUAAUUCUACACAGAGUGGAAUGGGCAACGCUUCUGUUUUUUGCGGCGCUCUUUGUUCUGAUGGAGGCGUUGGCACAUCUCCACUUAAUAGAAUAUGUUGGAGAACAAACUGCUUUGCUAAUAAAGAUGGUCCCAGAGGAGCAGCGCCUCACGGCCGCCAUCGUCCUGGUGGUGUGGGUCUCAGCCCUGGCGUCGUCCCUGAUUGACAACAUCCCAUUCACCGCUACCAUGAUUCCCGUGCUCCUGAACCUGAGCCGCGACCCUGAGGUCGGCCUGCCCACGCCGCCGCUCAUGUAUGCCCUGGCCUUCGGUGCCUGCCUGGGAGGUAACGGGACACUGAUUGGCGCGUCGGCAAACGUGGUGUGUGCAGGAAUUGCAGAGCAGCAUGGAUAUGGGUUCUCCUUCAUGGAAUUUUUCAGGUUGGGCUUCCCAAUGAUGAUUGUGUCCUGCAUCGUUGGGAUGUGUUAUCUUCUUGUGGCUCAUGUGGUGGUGGGAUGGAAUUAAUAGACAUCCAUCUGUCACUCGAAAACUAAAGGAAACUUCAUCCAUCACAACCCAUCAGUCAUAAAACUACCCUGACACCACUGUUUGGAGAAGAAAAGGUGCUUACCCUGGAGAUGCUAUGGAGACACAGUGGAAUAAACCUUGACACUAACACUAAUUCCGGUGAAUGCUGGAACACCGUGGCCGCCUCUUUGUGUCCUUUCUCCCCAAGGACAAAAUGUAGAAAACGUGAGAUAACUUAUUCGAGAUUCUCCUCCAGAAAAAUACGUAUGUUUCAAAACCCUCCCUGCUAUACAUAGGAAAAGACACACAUGCACCCAAAAUUGCUUGUGCUGUUUAAUUGUCAAUUCUCUUGAGGCUAAACACAGUCUGUUUUUUCUUGUAAUCACUUUUCAUGUUAAAAUAACCAGCACUCAAAUUGUAUGCUCUCUGAAUAUAGACUUUCUGGGAAAAGGUUUACUGCUUAUAAGGAAACAUUUUAUAUAUUAAACUGUUCCUUGAUAAAA